UGGUCCCAUUCUUGAGGACUUGCUGGUGAAACGGGAGAAAUAAACAGACACCGAGCGCAGAGGAAAGGAUACAGGGUGUGAUAGUGUCUACAAUUUAGGAUAUUCCUCCCUCCCCUCCCCCCCUCUGUCUCUCCAUCUUCAUUCCUAGCCUUUUCUUUAAUGGAUAGAAAUUAUCCUGGAACAGGAUUCGGAGAUUUGGGCGCUGGAACGGGAUGGAGUUACGAGAGAUCAGCAAAGGCAAGUCUGGUGUAUGGGAGCUCCAGGUCCUCUCAUCCCGACACAGAGCUUCUCCAUCGGCAAGCUUACGGCACACCCCACCCCCUGCAGGGCUAUGCAACCAAUCAUCAUCCGGGGAGCUCCGGACAGAGUGGAUCCUGGGGGGCAGCAGGGAGGAGCUUGGGUCUGUCAGGUCUGUUUGAUGCUGGGCUGCAUCACACCAGUCCCUCUGGUCCAGAUGCAUCCGUCAUGAACCUAAUAUCUGCCCUGGAGUCCCGUGGUCCGCAGCCACCCCCCUCUGCCUCCUCCCUCCUCUCACAGUUCCGAACCCCUUCCUGGCAGACGGCAAUGCAUACCACUGCCCCGGCUGAGCUCUUCAUUUCUGGUGCCCUCCCUGGCUCCGGAUCUUUCCCCUCCUCCUCAGCCCUGUCAGCCUAUCAGCACCCUGCUUCGUUUUCAGGCCGCUCUUUCCCAGGUGUGACCUCAUCGCUUUCACUCCAGGACACACCCACCUUCAGCCCCACCUCCAAUGGCCUUCUGUCGCCCCACGAUCCCCUUUUGCACAUCAAAACGCCUUCUCAGUCCAGCCUAGGCUUCGAUCGGCUGCUGUCCUCCCAGAGUGCAGCAGCCUACAGAGGGUCUCAAGAUCCAUCUGGAGGGCCCCCUCCACCUCCGCAGGCUCCCACCUCCUCGUCUGCACGGCACUUACCGCCACCCCAGUUCAACCUGCUCUCGUCUCAGUUACAGGACCAGUCCUCCCAGUUGUACAACAGCUCUGUUUUCUCCUCCGCGCCAGCUCCACCACAGCCACCACCCAGCCAAGAGAGGGCCUUGCCCAGGCAGGAUAGUGUGAUUAAACACUACCAGCGUCCCUCCCCUGCCCAGUCCCAGCUUCCCUCGUCCACCCCUCAUCCCCUGCAGCAUUACCUCAGCUGUGGAGCGGGAGGGUAUCAGCAGCAGAUGUCCCACCAUCGACAUGGAGGGAUGUCCUGUAGCCCCCUGGGGGAUCAGAGUCCGUCCUCAGACCCCAAACCGUCGCCGCGGUCGGAUCAGGUGUACCGACCCAUUAUCCAGCCACCCUAUACUUCCUCCAGUACCUCCUCAGCCUCCUCAUCGGCUGGUUCGGGAGGAGCUGUGGGCAAAGGGAGCAAGAGCUCCAGCUCUAGCAGUGGUUACUCCUCCUCGGGCUCCUCUUCGUCCCGCACGCCCCAUACGCCCCACACACCACCCUCUGCUUCCUCCACUUCCUCCUCCUCAUCCGCGUCCUCUUCAAAUUCCAACCCCAACCCAUCCUCCAGUUCCUCGUCUGCCCCCUCUAGACAGCAGCCCCCGCCUCAGUCAGCCCCUCCACCUCCUCCUCCACCACCCCCUCCGCCGGUCUCCUCCACCACACAACAGCAGGCACCUCCCAAGCCUUGCCUCUCUGCCUAUGGCUCUCCUGUUGCCCCAGUCAAACCCUCUGCUGGUUUACCAGGUCAGACACCACCUCAGCAGCAGUCACAGUCUUACUCUCCAAGCCACCCACAAGCCUCCCACCUCCCCCAGCCAUAUGGGGGUUUCAGCUCUCCCCAGGCCCAGGACCUGAGCUCUAGCACUGUUGGUGGUGGGAAAGGUUAUGGUAGCUUAGGGGCCACCGGGAGAUCCUUCUCAGCUGAGGUGGUGUAUGGUUCAGAAUCCGGAUAUGGUUCUCUGCCCCCGUCACUUGGAGGAGCAGGAAGCCCGUCACUGAGCUUUGGUGGUCCGGGACAUUCCCCUGCACUUCUGGGUUCAGGCAGUGGGGCAGGCUCUGCAGGGAGUGCCACUGGGUCAGUGGGAGGUAAUUCUGGAGGUGGGGGCAGUGGCUCGAGUGGAGGCAGUGUUGGGAGUGGAGGUGGGGGAAGCUCAUAUCAUCUUCCGGAUUCCAGCCCAUCGCCCUCCAAUGGGUCUGGCAUAAUACGUCCAGGGAUGCACUCUCCGGCACCCACACGUCCAGCCCAGUCCCCUGGGGGAGCUGGAAGUAGCAAAUAUCUUUCGUCUGUCCUCUCCCCUCCAUUCCUGUCCUCUCCCCAGGGCUACCCAGACACACGAGGUCCCCAACCCCAACCACCCCAAUCGUAUCACCCCACCCCUCCAAAACCUAAGCCUGACACCGACAUUCUGGGGGUAGAGCGACCCCAGGAAGAGGAAGAGGAGGAUGAUGAUGACUUUUUAAUUCAGCACUUGUUACAUGCACAGAGCCCCACGCCCCACUCUUCCCAGCACCAUGGCCAGCCACCCCAGGUUUCUGCACAGCAGCAGCCACAGCAGGCCCCCCAGUCCAGAGAUGGAGGCAAAGGUCUCUCAGCCUAUGACUUAAAUAAGGCCUCAGAGGAGCGGUACCAUCUCCAAAGUGUGAUCCGCACCAACAGUGCAACUAACAGCACAGCUCCUGGGUCCUCAGGGACCGGUGUAGCAGGAGGUCUGGAGAGUCUGGAAAUGACACUGAAGAAGCAGCAGCAGCAUCAACAGCAACAGCAUCAGCAUCAACAGCAGCAGCACCAUCACCACCAACAGGUCAAGAGUGACAGAGUGCUGCAAGGAGCAGGGGCUGGCGGGGGUCGGGGAAAUGCUGACUCCCUCCCACACCCUCAUCCCCACGCGCCUCACCCUCAUCCACACGACUCCCUGGGCUCUGUGGUCCACUAUAGUCGGGGUGACCCUUACUCCCAUCUUCCGCACCAGCACAGCCAGCAUGCCCACCACACGUCCCACACACAGCACCCUCAGCAUGCCCAGCACUCUCACCCGCACUCGCUCUCACAGACCCACAUAGAGCUGAAGAAGCCCCCUGACCCAACGGAAAUACCCUAUCUGCGGAAAACCCCAGACUUGCAGCACCAAUCCCAGUCCAAUCUCUCCCUGAUGGACUCUCCCCCUGACCAAUCUCAGCAGUCUCAGCCGGCCCAUCUUCUGCAGUCCGUUCUCUCUCACACCACUCGGAACAAAAUGGAGGCCCAGCAGACCUCCCAGCAGCAACAGCAGCACUCAAUGAGCCAACAGGCCAUGAUGGGACCAACAGGAGGUUCAGGAGCUGGAAGUGUUGGGGGAGUGGACACUCAGUCUCAGACCUCUCAGCUGCAGCUCCAACUUCAGUCCCAGGCAUUAGAGUCCCACUAUGGGCGUGGAAGUCAACGAGACCAGAGCCAAGCAAGUCAGAACUCGGUUUCAUCUCUGGAUAUGCUGGAGCGUUCCCUCUCCAGAACCAACAGCCGAGAAGGGGCUGGCACCGACAGAGGUGGUCAUGGAAGCAUGGGAGGAGGAGAUGGGGGGAGUGGUGAUCAUCACAGACAGCAACAGCACAGGAUGCCUCCACAUCACCAGUCCCAUCACCCCCAGCAAACAGCAUCGGACCUGCAUGAUUUCCUGUCUGAGCCGGACCUGGGCUUAUCAGCUCCUUCCCACAUGCACCACAUGGGCCCCCAUCACCCCCAUCAACAUAGCCACCUGUCUCAACAGACACACCCCCACCACUCAGCCCACCAACACCCCCACCAUAUGCAGCCCCCCUCAAGAGCCCCCCAGCCACAGACUCAAGCCCAGUCAAGGGAUCCUGAGCCUCAGCUCUCCCAAAGUCAGCUGGACCAGCUCAAGGAGCACCAGUUUAACACCACAAGCCCAGUGGCUAAAACUUCUCAGAGUCAGAACCAGCAGCAACAACCGAGGUUCAUGCCUUUGACGUCCAUAAGCUUCCCAGAUUCCUUGCUCCAAGAUGAGGACCGGUCAUUUUUCCCUGGUAUGGAAGAUAUGUUUUGUUCAGAAGAUUAUAAGUCUAGUUGUGCAGGACCAGGAGGUGGAACAACUGUGCCAGGGGGACAUGAUGGAAUGUCUGAAGGACGUGGCACAGGACAGGAUGGUAUGGAUCCUGUCAAAGCAGGUGUAGAUGGCAGUGGUUAUGAUAUGAUGAGUCACCAUGGAGACCAAGGGUAUGAGCAAUACUGUCAUAGCCUCUCAGAAUCUGGAAAUAGCACCAUGCAUCUGGACCUGGAUUCUUUGAAGACCGAUGAGCUUCCAUCCACUGUCAACACUGAGCAACUAGGUCUGAUUCAGUCCCAGACGCCUGGGAUGGGUUUGGGAGGAACUGGCCCAGGAGAUUCUGGAAACAAGAUGAUGGGUGGCCCUGGAGUUGGAGGAGGCUCUGGAACUGGGGGACUGACAUCUCCAAUCUUCUGCUCCUCUCGGCCCAAGAAGCUCCUCAAAACCAGCUCCUUCCAUCUCCUGAAGCAGCGCAGAGACCCUAACUCACAGCCCCAGGUCAAGAAGAAUUACGCCCAGGAGUAUGAGUUUGAGGAUGAUGAGGACAAAGCCAAUGUACCUGCUGACAUCCGCCUGAACAGCCGUCGCCUUCCAGAUCUACUUCCUGACUUGGUGUCUAGCUGCCGAAAGUCUGGUGCUGGCUCCAGCAUGGACACCCUGAGUCCACUGAUGGGUGACCUGGACUUUUGCCAGUCAUCUGGAUACUCCUCUCUAGGGCCACCUCCUCAGCUCUUGCCACGGGAAGGCCCCAAAAAGCGAGGGAGGAAGCCAACUAAACCCAAACGUGAGGGACCACCACGGCCAAGGGGCCGACCUCGAAUUCGUCCUCUCCCAGAACCUCCAUACUUCAAAGGCAUAAUGGGACCUGCAGGGGGUGAGACCAGAGGAAGGGGGCGUGGACGAGGUAGGGGUCGGGGCAAAAGGGAGGAUCCGAUGCUGGAGAUGCAUAGAGACUUGAACAAAGGGCAGAACCUCCACCUGCAACAACAACAGCAGCAGCAGCAGCAUCACCACCCCCACCACCAACCCCAACAUCUCCAGCACCCACAGCAACAGCACAUGGUACAGAUGCAGCACCACCCACAACAACCGCAGCACCACCACCCCCAACAGCAGCACUUGCAUCAGCAGCAACAUCAGCAGCCACACCCUCAGCAGCACUUACAUCCCCAGCAGCAGCACCAUGUACAACAGCAGCACCAGGCCCAGCAACAGCCCCAACAACAACAACAACAACAACACCAGGAGCCCAUCAGGCCCAUCAAGAUCAAGCUGCCCAUCCCCUCUAUGCCCUCUUCGGAUGCUUUACUGAGGACGGACUCUAUGUCCAGCUCUGACCAGGUUCUGUCGGAUGGAUCGCUGGGCUCAGCCCCCUCCCUCGGACUGAGUCCUGGAGGUGGGCUGGACAUAAACAGAGCCCAGGAAAAGAUGAAGCACAAAGUCCCAGAGAUGGCCUGGGAGAGAGACAUGGAUGAGCAGAUGACCCCAGAGGCAUGGGCAGCUAUGCAGAAACUCUCUAGCUCGACGGAGGACAAGAACCAAGAGCUGAAGUCUGGCUUCAUGGCGUCCUUCCUGGACUUCUUAAAGACUGGCAAGAAGCAACCUACUCCUGGCGUAGACCCUGUGGAUCCUGUGUCUGUAAAAGGGGGUAUUCGGCCUCUGUCUCCUUCCCCACCACCUCCUCCCCCGCCUCCGCCUGCUCCCUCGUUCGGAGAGGGUGAAGGGGAGGGGUCCCUCGGUCUGAGCAGCUGCCCGAGCCCUUGCAAGCGACUGGACGAGGAGCUGAAGAGGAACCUGGAGACAUUGCCGUCCUUCUCCUCCGACGAGGAGGACUCAGUCAGCAAAAAUCAGGACCUGCAGAAGAGCAUCUCCUCGGCCAUAUCCGCGCUUUACGACACGCCGCACAGUCUGGUGGCAGCACCACCGCCUCCUACGCCCUCCCCACCAACCCCACAUGUGGAACAGACCCCCUCGCCCAUUAACACACCACCCCCUAUUCAGGUUGAGCCUGAGCCUGUCACUCAAACACCUGUUCAACCAAUGGAAGACGAGGAGGACAAGGACGAAGAGACACCACCCGCUCUGGUAGCCAAUGGGCAAAGCCCACAACCUCAAACUCCCACCCCAGAGCAGACUGAGGAGCAGCAACAAACAGAGAUGGUGGAGCCAAGACUGGAAGAGGAGGUGGAUGAGGAGGAGGAGGAGCAGGAUCAAGAGCAAGAGGAAGAGGAGGUGGAGGAGCAAGAACAGGAGAAGACCAGAGAAGAGGAGAGAGUUGAGCAAAGAGAGGCAGAGGAAAAGGAGAUGGAUGAGCCGGAGUAUGAGAUGCUGGGGCGUCCUAGAGUUGAAGAUUCUCCGUCUGCGCCAGCUUCCGCUCACGCCCAGCCCUCACCCCCCUCUCUCUCCCCCUCGCCCCCCACAUCCUCCUCUCCCUCCCCACUUCCUCCUCCUCCACUUUCCCUCCCCUCUCCUCUACCGUUAGAAGAGGAGGAGGAGGAGGAGGAGGUUCCCCAGCCUCAGCAUCUUGAGGAGGAGGAAGUGCAGCAGGCCCCAUCUCACAGUCCGUCACCUCCCGCCCUUCCCUGCCCUUCACCCCUCGGCCCAGCCUCCUCCCCCUCCCCUUCCUCCUCCCCGAACGCUGUUAACGAGGAGGAGCUCAGCCCGGAGCCUCAGACCCCGCCGACCCCUGAGGACGUGUCCAUGCGCAAGAUCACCUCGCUGCACCUGGCCAAGAAGCAGGCCGACGUGGCCAUCGUGGGCGAAAGCGAGGAAGACGACAGCGAGAGCGGAGGGGAGGGCAUCUUCAGGGAACGAGACGAGUUUGUGGUGCGGACCGAGGACAUUCGGACUCUGAAGCUGGCCCUGCAGACAGGCCGAGAGCCUCCCCCCAUCUGGAGGGUGCAGAAGGCCCUGCUACAGAAGUUCGCCCCCGAGAUCAAAGACGGGCAGCGGCAAUUCUGUGCCACCAGUAACUACCUUGGAUAUUUCGGUGAUGCUAAGAUUCGCUACCAGCGUCUGUAUGUGAAGUUUCUAGAAAAUGUCAAUAAAAAGGAUUAUGUGCGUGUGUGUUCACGGAAACCCUGGCAUCGCCCUGGACUCACACUACGCCGCCAGUCACUUCCAAAGGUGCCACCUGUUACCCGUAGCCAAACUCCUCCCAGAGUGGAGAGAGAUGAGAGAGAGAAGGAGAGGCAGCGAGAGAGGGAGCAGAGAGAACAGAGGGAGAGAGAGAGGGAGAAAGAGAAGCAGCAAGUGAGGGAGAGGGAGAAGGAGAAACAACAGGAGAGGGAGAGAGAGAAGGAGAAACAACAAGAAAAGGAAAGAGAGAAAGAAAAAGAGAAACAGCAGGAGAGGGAGAGAGAGAGAGAAAAGGAGAAACAACAAGAGAAGGGGAGGGAAAGAGACAGGGAGAAAGAAAAACAGCAGGAGAGAGAGAGGGAGAAGGAUAAACAGAAAGAACGGGAGAGAGAGCAAAGGGAGCUGAAGGAGAAGAAAGAAAGGGAACAAAAAGAAAGGGAGAAAAGGGAGAGAGAGCAAAAAGAAAAGGAGAGAAGAGAAAAGGAACAAAAAGAGAGAGAACAGCGUGAGAAAGAGCGGAGAGAGAAAGAGAAGGAGAGGGAGCGGGAACAGAGGGAGAGGAGAGAAAGGGAGAGAGAGAAGGAGAGGGAACAGAGGGAAAGAGAGAAGAGAGAUAAAGAGAAAGAGAGAGACAGGGAACAACGAGAAAGGGAGCUAAAGGAAAAAGAGAAGGAGAGGGAGCGAGAGAGGAGGGAAAAGGAGAAACAGCAAGAGAGGGAGAAGGUGAAGGAGAAAGAGAAGAAGCCUCAGACAGCACCACAGGAUAAGGUGGAGAAGAGGGGUGUGGUGGUGGAAAGAGGACGAGGCAGGGAGGAGAAGAGAGGAGGAGGAGAGAAGAAGGUGGAGCGGCCCCCAAGGGUGCGGCCAGUGAAGGUGAAGGCAGAGCCUCCGCCCAAGAAGAGGAAGAAGUGGCUGAAGGAGGUGGCGUCAUCCUCCGACUCCGACUCCUCCCCCGAGCCACACAGCGAAGAUGAAGCUGUAGUGGUCCGCGGGAUGAACAACCGUGCCAUGCGGGAGAUAUUCCGCAGCUACGUGGAGAUGCUGGUCAGCACCGCGCUGGACCCUGAUAUGAUCCAAGCUCUGGAGGACACCAAUGAUGAGCUGUAUCUCCCGCCCAUGCGCAAGAUUGACGGCAUCCUCAAUGAGCAGAAGAGGAGACUGCUGAGGAGAGGCAACAUGAGCUCCCAACACCAGGAGGCUCUACACAUGUUCCCCCAGAUGACCGCUGAUCCGCUGGACUCUGGAGCUGUGCGUGUGCACUUGGCUGGCGAGGGUUACAACCGUAAAACCCUCAACCGUGUCAAGAGGAGCUUUCCCAAGCAACAGGACCUGAAGCUGUCCACAGAGGCCUGCAGGAUGUACAGUCUCUACCACUCUCUCCAUCAUUACAAAUAUCACACCUUCCUGCACUGCAAGAAAGAGACGGACAGCAUAGAGCAGGCAGCGGAGGACCCCGGACAAGAGGAAGUGGUUCAGCAGUGCAUGGCCAAUCAGGGCUGGCUGGAGACGCUCUUCAACUCCUUUCUGGACCUAUUGACCCUCAGCACCAAAGCCUAAAGGGGUAGAGCUUUGAGAAAGACUGGACCAUUACACAGCCUCAGGGGAGGUCUGGAUUAGCCCACUCCUCUCCAGUGGGGUCCAAGCUGUCGGAUUUCCUGAAGAGAUUAGAAUUUGACGUGAAAAGAUUUUUUUGUGAAGUUUUUUUGUUUUGUUUUCUUACAAAUACUGCUGACAUUUUCACCAGUGGAUGAGGUGGUACGGAGAGACAGAAAAGGGGAAGAAUUGGAAGAACAAAAAAGUGAAUGUGAGGAACACCUGCAGAAAACUAGAGGAAAACCAUGGAGGCGUUCUGUGCUUCAGGAGAGCCGGAAUCUGACAGCUGUGUUCUGCGCGAAACAUAUCCUCUUAAAUAUAUAAAUAUGUAUUAUCAACAAUUAUGAUUUGUAUUAUUUAUACUUGGACAUUUUUAUCAAGUAUUCCCUCAAGUCGAGGCAAUUUACUGUUAUUAUUUUAAAUAAUGAUGAUAUUUUAAUGGGGUGCUCAUGAAAUGGCUCACCCAUAAUUCCCUUUUCCUUCUGUGCCCAAGGCUCAGUGAUUAAAAACUAAAAUUCUUGGGGCAGGGCAUGCAGAAGGGGGCGUGGCUUAAACAGAGUGUCUGAUGUCAUUUUUUAUGUCUCCAUUCUGAAGAAAAGUGGAAGGAGAAAUGUAUUUAAGCUAAACAAUGUGUUCUUUCUGUUCUUUAAAAGACUAUGAGAGAAGCAAAAAAAGUGUUACUUGUUUGUUUUCUGAGAGAAACCGCAUUGGUUCUGGGGAAGCUGUAACAGUUCUUCUAUUUGUUUUAUUUUGUUUUUUCAAAGUGUACAAAACGUCUGUGUUCAGUGUUUGUUUUUUAUCUGUUGGUUGUUAUGAUGCUAAUAUUAAGGAUUAUUAUUUGAAGCUUUACCUCUCGGUUUGAUCUGUGUGUGUAAAUAUUGUACAGUUGCUCACUGGAGCCUCUAUCUCCCUGUCCGUAUUCUGUAAAUGGGUCUCUACGUCUUUGAAAGAAGCCAAUAAAAACAUUCAAAUGAUGGAAAUGACAGGGGAAAGUGA